CCGUAUGAUAUAUUGGGAGUAGGUCGGUAUACUACACAAAAGGAAAUCCGACGACGUUACCUUGAACUAUGCAAAAAGCAUCAUCCGGAUGUAGCCAGUGGUGGGAAAGGGGUUGAUUUUCGAGAGAUUACAGUGGCGUAUGAACAAUUAACAAAUAGCAAAAAGAAUAAUCAGACCAGUCCCGGUGGAGUCAAUUGGGAA